AUGGCCUCGCUCAACACCUCAAGCAACGGCCCAAACAUUACUCGGAGCUACCAAAAUGUCGUCAACUCUCCGCCGCCAUCCGGUGCCCAGGCCAGCUCGCCCACGUACGGUCAAUGGGCCGUCUUCGCUGUCGCUGCUCCGCUUGUCAGCGCAUUUCAACAAGAUGGAGGAAAAGAGAGUGUACUGAAGGUCCAAAGCACCGGAGAGGGUGAACUUCUCGACCUGGUAGACGAGUUCUCAGAUGGCCGCAUCCAGUUUGCUUUCGUCAAGGUCAAAGACCCGAACACAUCUCUGCCCAAGAACGUUCUGAUCGCCUGGUGUGGCGAAGGAGUACCGGAACGAACAAAAGGCUACUUUGGCAGCCAUCUUACUGUGGUCUCCAAGCUUCUCCAUGGCUAUCACGUCCAGGUCACCGCUCGCUCCGACGCAGAUCUCACACCAGAGAGGAUCAUCCAAAAGGUCUCUGAUGCGUCGGGCGCGAAGUACUCUGGUGGCCCCAAUAUCCCAUCCUCUAGUGGUCCCCCUCCCCCCGCCGCGAAGAAGCCCGUCUUCACACCGACACACGUAGGUGGAGGCGGUUCUGGAUUCAACCCAUUGGGGCGUUCGAGAGCGCCUGCGCCCAAUGCUAACGAGGAUGCGGACGGCUGGGGCGCUGAUGCUCCGCAAGUCCAGAGGUCGCAGUUGGAGAAGGUCCAGUCAGCAUACAAACCCACCAAGGUCAACAUGGCCGAACUCACUUCGAACAAAGACGAAUCGACCCGCUCUCAGCCAUCGCAGUCGCAGAGCGACCGCCCAGAAGUGGUCAGAGGCGCCUAUCAGCCAGUGGGAAAGGUUGACAUUGCGGCAAUCCGAGCACAGGCGCGAGAGAAGCAAGACGAUAGACCUACCGUGGUCAAGGGCGCAUACGAGCCGAUCGGCAAAGUUGAUAUUGCAGCCAUCCGAGCUAAGGCUCAGGUCGCGCCUUCCCCCUCCGGCAACUCCCCAGCAGCAACGCCCGCAUCGGGCGAUGAUGAGGAAGACAGGCCGAGAUCGCUCGCAGAGAGGUCGUCGGCCUUUAGCUCGCAACCGGAACGCCUUACCAGCCUACCGAAGCCAAAGGUUGCGAACAAGUUUGCUGGCGCAAGCUCUUUCACUGGCACGAAAGCUCCUACGCCCUCAGCAUUCGGUGUGAAGCCCGCCGCUCCCGCCCCAAUAGUCGGUGCUGCCAGCAAGACAUUUGCGGACGAGGGAGGCAAGACUCCCGCCCAGAUAUGGGCUGAGAAAAAGGCUGCCCGAGGCGAAUCUCCCAAGUCAUCCGCUGACGCUGGAGGCCGCCCAGCCCCUCUACAGAAUCAACAGAGCGGAGGGGGCGGCUGGCAGAGCGGCUAUGCGGGCAAGUCUUGGGCCCCUGUCCAGACCACUCGAACAGGACAGUCUGUGGCUAGCAACCUCAGCGAGCAACGAACGGGUGGAGAGCCCCAACAGCAAGAACCGGCUUCGCCUCCAUCUGGCGCGGUUAGCUCUUUGAAAGAUCGAUUCGCAGGCGCUGUGCCAAUGGGAGCUCCAACGUCCCGCGCCAUACCAGAGCCCUCGGACCCAAGCCCUCCCGCUCUCGACACCUCGAGCAAACCCAACGCAGGCGCACGAGGGGUUCCUAUCCCAGGUCUGCCCAGCCGUCCGAGAGAGCCAGAGUCGGACGAGGACCAUGUUCCGGCUGUCCAGCACCAACGGGUUCCCUCGCCUCCACGUCAACAGCGCAGCCCGUCCCCCGAGCCUUCCGGGUCGCCCGUCCGUAUCGCUAUGCCCGUUGCCCGUGGGAAAGAGCCGGACCAUUUAUCCCCUGCCGCAGAACAGGCGCCGCCUAUGCCCACUCGUUCUCUUGAUCAGGCAGCUCGCCAAGCUCGCGAUAUAUCUCCAGAACGCCAAGUUGAAGCGAAGGAUCCCGCUCGUAGUGCUGGUGCCGCUGUAGCAGCCGCUACAUUUGGUGGUGCUGUGGUAGCAGGGGCGGCAGUCGGCGCAGCCGUUGCAUCUGGACAUGAUGAUCAGGGCGGCGCUGGCCAGCGAGGUCUCAUUCAGUACGACUAUGAGAAGGCCGAAGACAACGAGGUGGAGCUUCGCGAGGGUGAAUACGUCACUGACAUCGACAUGGUAGAUGAAGAUUGGUGGAUGGGCACGAACUCUGAAGGUGAACGUGGCCUUUUCCCGGCCAACUACGUUGAGCUAGUCGAAGACGACGAUGCAGGUGCCACUUCUGCUCCGCCGCUCCCGACGCAUCCUACUGCUGCGCAAGAACCGGAGCCAUCACACUCGGCUAGCGGUGCUGGCCCAACCGCUACUGCCAUUUACGAUUAUGAUGCUGCGGAGGAAAACGAAUUGAGCUUCCCUGAGGGUGCUACAAUUACGGGAGUUGAAUUCCCUGAUGAGGAUUGGUGGCUUGGGAACUUCAACGGCAAAUCAGGUCUUUUCCCUGCGAACUACGUUCAGCUAGAUGAGUAG